ACAGCGACCAGAUGUGUCCACUAGUUCCUCCAUUUGGGGGCGCAGUGGCUGUCUGUUUAACUGUGGCAGCCUCCUGUUGCCGUAGCGAGUUUGAGUUUGGUGUACCCUUUAGAUGUAGGCUUUUGGAGAAAUAAAACCUCCACCAGUUACUGGAAUGAGUCUUUCCCUUCGAAGGUUUUCUCCCAACACCAUCGGACGCGCCACUUUUGCUCAUUUCCGAUCACGACCAAGUCCAGCACGUACAAAGUGGUAUCAGCUGAACUGGGAUAAGCUCACCUUUACGUCCGGUUGACACGUUUCCGUCUGCGGAUUGUUGCCGCUUCAAUCUGAUGGAUACGAGCUGGCAGAGCCUGUUGGCCUGGUAGUUAGUAUGUAACCUGGGCCAUGGUAGGAAAUUUCGACAUCCUGUUUGCGCCUGGAUGCGCACACUGUGCACUCGCCGCGUGUCAGCGCGUGCCGAACGUACCGUUAAUGCAUUAGGCCGUAGACGACGUCUUUGCUGCGUGGGCGUGCUUUCCCGGACCGCGCCGCGGUUCUGCCGCAGUCUUCGCAUCGGUGCGAGCGCACAGUCUGACGCACGCCACAGACCACGCCGCUCCUGCGCACUGUCCUGUUUUCUCGUCGCUCCGCCGAGGGUCCACGCAGCCUCACCGCCGCACGCAGAUGUCGCUGCCGCCGCCCCGUCAUCUCGACGUCCGGCGCUGCGCCGUACCGCUAGUCCGCCGACACCAUCGCCUUCGCCGCUGCCUCCGCCGAUACACGACGUUGAUAGCUUCUUUGGAUUUGGGCAGAGUGCUGAGAUUGACAUUGUUUUAGAUGGCACAGAGAACCGUAAAAUGGCAGAUAUCAAGUCGGAGGAUGGGAAAAAAGAGAGACAUUAUCUUUUUUACGAUGGAGAGACUGUAUCUGGGAAGGUGAAUGUAACCCUGAAAAAGUAUGGAUCAAAGCUGGAACACCAAGGAAUAAAAAUAGAAUUCAUUGGUCAGAUUGAACUCUAUUAUGUCAGAGGCAAUCAUCAUGAAUUCACAUCUCUAGUCAAAGAACUAGCUUGUCCUGGUGAACUUAUGCAAAAUAUGUCCUAUGCUUUUGAGUUCCUUAACGUUGAAAAGCCUUUAGAGUCGUACACUGGUUCAAAUGUACGACUUCGGUAUUUUUUGAGAGUUACUAUUGUGAGAAGGCUUUCAGACAUAAUUAAGGAAAUGGAUAUUGUUGUUCACACCUUAUCUUGCUACCCAGAAAUGAACAACAGCAUAAAAAUGGAAGUUGGCAUAGAAGACUGCUUACAUAUAGAAUUUGAGUACAAUAAAUCAAAGUAUCAUUUAAAAGACGUUAUAGUGGGAAAGAUAUACUUUUUGCUUGUGCGCAUAAAAAUCAAACAUAUGGAGAUUGCAAUAAUCAAAAGGGAAACCACAGGAUCUGGACCAAACACAUUCACAGAAAAUGAAACUAUAGCAAAAUAUGAAAUAAUGGAUGGAGCUCCAGUAAGAGGAGAGAGCAUUCCAAUAAGAGUGUUUCUUGCUGGCUAUGAUCUUACUCCUACAAUGAGAGAUAUUAACAAAAACUUUUCAGUGCGGUAUUAUUUGAAUCUUGUGCUUAUGGAUGAAGAAGAUCGCCAUUAUUUCAAGCAACAGGAAAUAACGUAAUGGUGAAAGGGUGAAAAAACUCGAAAAAAUCUUCAAACAUCCUCAAGGACAUCACCCCAACUGCCUCAUGCAAUUCCAGGAACUCAGGAACACACCUCCAACCAACCAAUUGAAGAUAUGAAACGAGAAGACGAAGACAGGGGUACAGUGUCAGGUGCUGAGAAUGAUUUGAGAAGGAAAGUGGCUGUUGAUGGUGACAAGGCUGAUGACUGACUGCACAAAAGCCAGAUUGUGUAAAGUACUAUGCAGAUAAGUUCACAUGCUCCCAUUCCUGAUGCACAUGGUCAUGUGAAAUAUGUAACUGUGCUUAAGAACUUCGAGUAUUUACUACUGGGAGUGCUGUUCUCAUUACUCAGUGACUCUGUACAUAGCACACAUUUGUUGUAACUAUAUUCAGUGUGCAGUAUGUAUCAAUUUUGUCCUACAAAUACUGUGUUUUUCUUGUAAGAUGUAUUGCAUAUAUGUGCCAUUAUCUUCAGGAGAUGUGAAAUGUCUGUAUAGUCUUCUACAAAGCAGCUUUUAGUAAAAGAAUGUUGUUCUCUAAAUAUUUUGUUAUGUGAAAAGACAGCAAUCAAAUCAGUGCUGCUGUUGAAAUGUUAUAACUCGAAGUGGGAUUUAUACAUUCUGGGUAACAUUAUGAUUCAAUAUAUACAUAUUGAAUGACAUCAUGAUUCAAAAAGGAAAAAUUGAGCCUUUUAUGAAAGUAGUUUUUUUUGAAGUGUUAAUUUAUACCAGUGUCUGGCACUACUUUCUUUUUGCAGUGUUGCUGAUGUGAUGAUAUGUCCUUUAUGUGUGUUUAUGUAUUUUGGUAGUUUUUCUCUGUUUUAUUUGAAAGAGUUCUGUAUGUUUUAUUGAAAAUGUAUUGUUUUCAAUAUUUUGUUACUUUGUCUGUACUUUAUGCUUAUGUCUCUUUCAUUCUAAAUAUGUUAUUUAUGCCCUGUAAUUGGUUGAGAACAUAAAUAAGAUGAAACUGUAAAGUAAAUAAUGUUUUAGCUUGUCAUCAUUGCAGUUAAUACUCGUGGAAGAGUCAAGAAUAAUUAUAUUGUGUCUGUUGAUUUGCGGAGAAUGUUAGAACUUCAAGAUGUAAGUGGUGAAAGCAACAAUAUUUUAACAUGUUGCAGAAUGUUAAACUAUCUAGAGAGUUACUCAGAGAGAGCCUCAGAGUUAUAUUUUCAGUUUCCACUGUCUCAGUAACUGUGAAUGUGCAUGUUUGAGAAAUGAUAUGUAACAUAUAUGUUGAGGAAGUAACUAAGCUGUACAGUAAUAUAUGUUGCUUAUUAAAGCAAUUUUCA